GUCGAACCUCACAGAGGCGGGGUGGCGUAGUGCGUGCGUGUUUUUAUUUUUUGAUUAUCAURACUAUUCUUUCACGUGGAAGUGGAAGAGAGGCGGCCGGAUUCAGGAGUGAGGUCAAGUGCGUGAACAACGGCGAGGAGGGAGGAGAGAGAGAGAGAACGUGGAGCAGGAGGUUAUUUUUCCCUGAGAGUUUCUCAGAGUCUGGCGGCGCUCAGGAGGGAAAACACAAGGAGCUUUUUCGGGGGAGGACAAUCAGAAAGAUGCUGUUAAUCUGAUUUUAUUUUUUAUUGAAUUCCUGAACAAACAGUGUGUGGUGAUGGGGACUGUGAGCGAGCUGUGUGCGUCCAGUUUCCAAGCUUUCCUCUGCCCUGCGGUGCGAGAGGGGACACCUGCUGCAGCCUCAGUACCUGAUGACCUGAGUCCAGAGGAGCGACAGGAGCUGGAGAGCAUCCGCCGCAGAAAACAGGAGCUGCUGCAGGACAUACAGAGGCUGAAGGAUGAGAUCGCAGAAGUGACCAGUGAGAUUGAAAACCUGGGCCUGACUGAAGAGAGGAAAAGUAUGCAGAGAAAUAAACAGAUGGCCAUCGGCCGAAAGAAGUUCAACAUGGAUCCUUCAAAGGGGAUUCGCUUCCUGAUUGACAGCUUGCUGCUGAAAAACACCAGUGAAGACAUCGCCCAGUUCCUCUACAAAGGGGAGGGGCUUAAUAAGACCGCCAUCGGAGACUAUCUGGGAGAGAGAGAGGAGCUGAACAUCAAAGUUCUGCAUGCCUUCCUGGAGCUGCACGAGUUCACAGACCUGAACCUGGUCCAGGCUCUCAGGCAGUUCCUGUGGAGCUUCAGGCUGCCGGGCGAGGCCCAGAAGAUCGACCGCAUGAUGGAGGCGUUCGCCCAGCGGUACUGUCGCUGCAACCCCGGAGUGUUCCAGAGCACGGAUACGUGCUACGUGCUGUCGUUCGCCGUCAUCAUGUUGAACACGAGUCUACACAACCCCAACGUGAAGGACAAACCGUCGGUUCAGAGGUUCACCGCCAUGAACCGAGGCAUCAACGACGGAGGGGAUCUGCCCGAGGAUCUGCUCCGAAAUCUGUACGACAGCAUCAAGAAUGAACCCUUCAAGAUCCCAGAGGACGAUGGGAACGACCUCACACACACCUUCUUUAACCCCGACAGAGAAGGCUGGCUGCUGAAGCUCGGAGGACGAGUGAAGACCUGGAAGAGACGCUGGUUUAUCCUCACAGAUAACUGCCUCUACUACUUCGAGUACACCACAGAUAAAGAACCCAGAGGGAUCAUCCCACUGGAAAAUCUGAGCGUAAGAGAAUUGGAGGACUCAAAGAAGCCGAACUGCUUCGAGCUCUUCAUCGCCAACAACAAAGAUCAGGUGAUCAAGGCCUGCAAGACGGAGGCCGACGGCCGGGUCGUGGAGGGAAACCACACGGUUUACAGAAUCUCUGCUCCGACCGCAGAGGAGAAGGACGAGUGGAUUAAAAGCAUCAAGGCGAGCAUCAGCAGGGAUCCUUUCUAUGACAUGCUGGCCACCAGGAAGAGGAGGAUAGCCAAUAAGAAAUGAUGACUGCACACUUCCUGCUACGUUUGUCAGCAGUUCCUCUGUGACUGUGGGAGUCUGUGUCUGUGUUUGUGUCUGUGUGUGUGGAACGGAACGGGAGGCAUGAGAAUCCCACGUUUGGCGUUUUUCAGAGCUGAAGAAGUGAAAACGCCUGGGUUUCCGCCUAAAGACUUAUCGCUCCUCAACACUUGUCUAAUGAGAGCGUGGAGUUUGUUUUUUUUUUCAACUUGGACGCAGACUGAAUAUUCACAGAAAAGAAGAAACUAAACGUAAUCUUGACCAACCUGGAGGAUAAAAAGGAGUGUUUGUAAAUCAGAGCUCUUUUCUGUAAGAGAUCGCCCCCUGCUGGACAAACAGGGACUUACAUCAACUUUACAUAAAAUAAAUAAAUCAAUGAAGUCCUGUUAUUCAGAUAAAUGUGCCAGCAAGAUUUUCUUACUCCUUCAACACUCUGAAAGCCUCAAGSUGACCAAUCAGCUGGCCUGACUGGUAGCCCUCACCUGACGAGCUGGAUAUGCAAACAUUGAUUUAUUCUGUAAAAUUAUUUAGGCUUGAGUUUCAAUUCAGUCAGUCCUCGUAUUUCAUUUUUGAAUGCAAAGACAUGGAAAUGGGUUUGACGAGAAUCAAAUUGUAAUUCCAUCAAAUGUUAAGUUUGUCACUUGAAGGCAUUUUGUACAUCCAACUUUGUAAAGUAGUUCAUUUCUUUGUAUUUAUUUUCUUAUUGUUUUGUUAUUAAGGCAGCCCUCCCGAUUGCAUUUACAUGUAGAGUAACGAACAUUUUCAUAUUGUGUUUUAUGMAGUGUCAAUCAUGAGUGUAGCUUUUCAUUUUUUUAAGCCAACAGUAAAUUGUCUUAGUGGAAAUAAGUUUAUACGACUCCGGUUGAAGCUAUGAAACCUCCUCACGGAAAAUAAAACUCAAAAGGUCAAACAAACGGGAAUUUUGAGCAAUUUGACCAACCCACAGCCAAAACCAUCAUGUCUGAUUGAUGAAGGAACAGCUUCUGGAUACUACAACCUGAAUAAAACAUACAUGUUAGUAACAAAUAC